AUGGCCUCAACUCUUGCACAGAAGGAUGUAGAGGCUUUACUUCUCAAGGAAAGGGUCUUUAGAAGGAGGCCCGGAGAAGUCCCAUAUCCUCUGAAUUAUUCGAAGCAAAUGGUCAACUAUGAUCAUUGGGACCAUAUGUGGCUUUCGAGCUGUUUUAAGGGCUUGACUCUGCAUCAGUUUGAGACGUCUCCAAAAUUUGUAUUGGAUCUGGGAUGCGGGAGUGGACUGUGGGCGAUAGAGGCAGCGAGGAAGUGGACGGACAGCACUGUCAUCGGCAUUGACAUCAGACGUAUACAGCCCAGAAUCCAUGGAAUAGAUCAGUGCAAUGACUUGGCUGGUCGACUGAAUUGGAUACAGGGCAAUAUCCUUGACGGUCUUCACUUUCCACCAGACUAUUUUGAUCUAGUUCGGAUUGCUCGGAUAGGUCUUGGUGUUCCGGAGGACGAAUGGCAGUUCGUACUGGAGGAAGUUCUGCGUGUGAUGAAACCAGGGGCAGUGCUGGAAAUCAUAGAAGAAGACUUGAUUUUUCCUUCAGGCGAAUUUUCACGACCACGACCACAGCCGGCUCCCUUGAACAUUGAUCUCCCAAUAAUCGACUCGUUUCCCUCUGGGAGUGUUUCCGCCAGAAGUUCUAUAACCUCUUCCAAUCCUUGGAUAUCCAGUCAAGACGAUCUAUCUCUCGAAAGCUCGACUAAAAAACCUAAUCUAUCGCCACUGCAGGAGUCACCCACCUCCACCUCUUCACCUCCGUCAACCUAUUCCACUUCUAAGUCACCGCUCUCCUCACGGUCUUAUAGCUACAUUCUACCUCCCACCCCGAUACCCACAUUUGCGUACCAAAGUCAUCCUCAAGAUCACUCAAGACUAAAAUCGGCUUGGGAAGCGAUGCUUUCUCAUAGGUUUUUAGCCUCUCAACUUGUCACUGUCCUCCCUUUUUAUCUUUCAUCAUGCUUUACUGAUGUCAAAACGCAUGCACCGUUAAACAUACCACUGCCGCCCAAUUCACCUGGUUCACGACUUCCAAGAAUUCGCGACUCGGGAACAUUCGAUCUCGAAAGUCAUUUUAAACUUCAUGCUACAGCGAGUCGCCAUUCGGAUUCUGAAGAACACGCAAGUCGCGAUUCCUGCACCUCUCAAUCCCGGAAAUCUGCGUCGAACUGGGCUUCUAUGCAUUUGGCGAGAGCUGUUCAAAUGGUAGUAGGCUGUAAAGAGGCGAUAUGGGUUGAGUACGAAAGGAUGUAUAGCCCAGACCUACCACCGGUCACCACUGGCCGUCGUAAAGACGGGCGCUAUCAGGUUUCCAACAAAUCCAUAGCAAAAGAAAGCUUUGAUUGGGCAUGGGCGAACUGGGAAAGCGACAUGAUGGAUCGCAUUGGAAUGCGAGAGCAUCUUGCCUCGGAGCUUACAUGGCCCGAGGCACCAGGUGAACGACCAGAUUGGCGAGUUUGGAGGAACUCCGUUGACAUGAAACCCGUCGACGAAAUGAAGGCACGAAAGGACUUGUGUAGAUCACUGCGCGGGUUCGUCGCGCGGAAACCCCACUGA